AUGAGAUUUCUCAUAAUAGCCUCUGCUAUAUUCAUUAAUAUAGCUUAUGCCACGAGAAAUGUAUUUGUUUCAUCGCCUUUCGAUAAUUUUCGGGUCGAAUGCUCAAAAAGGAGUGCCGCUGUUGAAGUAGCUGUCUCAAUGGUUCAAUCAGCUGGUGGAAAGAGACAGGAUAUCGUUUUUGAAAUGUCUUGUGAGAACGUAAAUGAGUUAUAUCCAUGGGUUAACAUGCCAGAAGGAAUAAAAGAAAAAGAGAAGGAAGACUGCCAUUAUUCAAGCAUGUUCGAUCCCAUCUUAGAUACAAAAACAGAAUAUACAUGCGCACCACGAGAAUAUAUUGCCGGAAUCGCCAGAUUGACUGACACAAGAAUUCAAGUCAUGUGCUGUCGUCUCCGUAGCAGAGAUGAGUUUAAUUGUCAAGAAUUUAAUUUCAACAAACCCUUAAGCACAGACAGAACAAUAAUUGAGCACGAAAAUCAAGUUAUAAAUGCUCUGCGUAUCGACAAAGACGGUAUCGUAGUAAGGUUCUGUGAUUUAGCUCCUAGAUCCUAUGAGAAUGUGAUGAUAGAUUACAAGGCCACACUAGAAAAGAAAGCGCAAGUAAAACCCAAGAAAUCUCCACCAAAAGUUAAAGUGCCCGUAGAAGCGGCAGUACCUACAACCCUUAAUGAGUUCAAAAAUUCUGACCUGAACGCUGCAGAGAAUGCUGUCAAAAAAACUAAAUCAUUGUGGUCAAGUGAAGAAGAAGAAAUCGAUGAAUCUCGUUUCAGCACACCAAGACGGGAAAAGAUCAAAAUUGUUCGACGAGUGGUUUCCAAUAGAAGCCAGAAAAACGAAUCGAAAGACCAAGAAGAGAAUUCAAAACUUGCGAGUAAGGAACAAAGGGAUAAUGCUCGGAAUAUAGAUGAGGAAACGGCUAAGAGUCCAUUCGAUUUUGGAAGUACCGAAAACAUCAAUGUCAACUCUUUGAUUGGAUCUGGUCCAAUGCUUGAAGACAUCCUCCGAGGAAAUAUGGAAGAUUCUGUUUAUGAAAGAAGUAAUGGAUUAUCCAAUGCUCAAGUAAAAGAAGAAGAGCUUAAAGUAGAGCAAGCAACGACACCAGAUGAAACUCGAUUGGAGCAGAAGAAAGACGAUGAAGAAGAAGCAGAAACGGAAGAAUCAACUACUCAAAAGCCAUUAAUGGUUUUUGGGAGUGUAUCAACCACUGUUAAGCCAUACAACGCAGCUGAGUUCUAUCAUACCAUUAAAAGAAAAGUGAUAGUAAAAGAGAAAUAUUUGACGUUUUGUACCAAGGAUGUUGCAUUAAGAGAUGAACGUAAUAUGGUAUUAGCUUGUGGAAUGGAAAAUGAUAUUUGGCAACCAAAACGAUGUCCCGAAGGCACAGACUGUUUUCAUUCAAAAGACAGCACAUACAGAAUAUGCUGUCCAGUUGCUAGGGGAUAA